AUGUCGGCCGUGCCGUCAGAUUUACAUUUUUACAGGAUUCAGAUGGAAAAUGUGACUCAAGUCACCACGUUUAUUUUGAUGGGCUUCACAGAUGAUUUUAAGCUGCAAGUUUUCCUAUUUUUACUAUUUCUAGCAAUCUAUCUUUUCACUCUGGUAGGAAAUUUGGGAAUGGUUAUACUAGUCAUUGGGGAUUCGCGGCUCCACAACCCCAUGUACUAUUUUCUGAGUGUGUUAUCAUUUCUGGAUGCCUGCUAUUCCUCAGCUGUUACCCCCAAAAUGUUAGUCAAUUUCUUAUCAGAGGAUAAAACCAUUUCAUUUCUUGGAUGUGCAGCAGAGAUGUUUCUCUUUAUUACUUUUGGGACCACGGAAUGCUUUAUUUUAGCUGCAAUGGCAUAUGAUCGCUACGAGGCAAUCUACAACCCUCUCCUGUAUUCUGUUAGAAUGUCCCCCAGAGUCUACGUGCCCCUCAUAAUUUCCUGCUAUGUUGCUGGUAUCCUGCAUGGUACUUUACACACUGUGGCUACUUUUACUCUAUCCUUCUGUGCAUCCAAUGAAAUUAAGCAUGUCUUUUGUGACAUCCCUCCUCUCCUGGCCAUUUCUUGUUCUGACACCCACAUAAACCAGCUUCUGGUCUUCUACUUUGCCGGAUCUAUUGAGAUAUCCACAAUCGUGAUAGUCCUGGUCUCUUAUGGUUUCAUUCUGUUGGCCAUUCUGAGGAUGCAUUCUGCUGAAGGGCGGCGGAAAGUCUUCUCUACAUGUGGCUCUCACCUAACUGGGGUGUCAAUUUUUCAUGGUACAGUUCUCUUCAUGUACGUGAGACCUAAUUCCAGCUACGCCUUGGAUCAUGAUAUGAUAGUAUCAGUAUUUUACACAAUUGUGAUUCCCAUGCUGAAUCCCAUCAUCUAUAGUUUGAGGAACAAAGAUGUGAAAGACGCAAUGAAAAGAGUAUUUGGUAAAAACUGGUUUGCCCAUAAAGUCUGCUUUUCACGGUGCGUUCCUUCCUUCACUAAAGUCUUGAAUCCUGGUACUUCCUGCACUAAAGGCAUUGGGAAUGGUCUCAUGAACAAGCCUCUACUAGCUUCAGACUUUCCUUCUGCAGCUUCACUUCUCUCAGCCUUCGCAGAAUUGAAGAGAGUCAGGGUCUUGCUCUGGGACUCUGAUGAUAAAUGUAGCAGGGGGAAGCAGAAGGUGGAGGGGAGUAAAGGUACUCUGUAUUUUGAAAGGAAUAUGAUGGGAAUCCUGGUGGGAGUACCCAAGGGCCUAGAAUCAUUGGUGCCAGAAGUUUACAAAAUUCAGGAUCUUGUAGAAGAAAUGGUUGUGGAAUGGGAAUUCGCUAAUGAAUCACCAAUAAAAAUCAAUUCUGUAACACAUCAACCCGACUCACUGCUGUUAGAUUCAUAUCCUUCCUUUCUUUAUGUGACGCCACCUGAUGAUUCUAAUGCAAUUGUUGUUCAUGAGCAGAUAAAAUAUCAGUAG